CUAACGCUGGGCAACAAGCGGCUGCAUCUCUUUCCGCUGGAAAUGGGAAAGGCGGGCCGGAAGGGCGGCGGGACGAGCCAACGCUGGCAGUUUUCAACCAAGAAUAUUCACCCCACAAAAAUCCUGCCAAACAUGAACCCGCUCCGGGGGACCAUCAAACACCCAGGAAUUCAACAUCCAAGAAUUCAACAAAUGAAAAGCCCAACAGAUCCCCGUUGGAUUCCUCUAGCAGUGAGAAGGAGAAAAAGAAAAAGAAGAACGAGUUGUCCGAUCUGGUCUCCUAUGCAUUCCAAAAAUAUCGCACUCUUACUGAUGGUAGUCAUGAUCGUGCAUGAUUUAUAAAUCUAUACUUUCUAGCUGAUAUAGUAUGAAAAGUGUCCCUUUUGGUCGUGAAGAAAUUAUUUGAUGUGAUGCAGUUUGUACUAGCACGAUAUUUUUGCAAUGCAUGAGAUCGCCCAAGAAAAGAACCCAAGUUUACUCAGGGGUGUGUUGUCGCAACAGCAAAUCGGCGGCCAAAAGCAAGAUGCUGGUGGGCAACAACUACUGCACCUGCAGAACAUGAACAACGCGGCUACUUGUUCUAGCACAGCCACUAUCCCAAGUAAAAACGUCCCCGCCACCCCCCAGCUGUCAUGCAGAUUUGCCGUUACAGGAGAAUUUGUAAUGCGCAUCCCCAUGAGCGGCAUUCCCAGUCGCACUUUGGACUGAUGUGUAAUGUUGUAAACAGAAUUGGAAGAUGGACUUGUGUUGCGGCUGUACUAGCUAAGCUGCACUACAAUACAGAGACGACCUUGUGAUGCUUGACUCCCAAAAGUGCUCGACUUGUGUUGCGAGAUCCCCAUCUUGACUCUAGGGCGGGGGUGUUUUCGCUCCGGAUAGCCGCCGCGGGUUUUUCUAGCACAACCGGCAGGGUGGAGGCUGCGGCGGAGACGGCUUUGGGAGAAGAUUCCGCGAAGGAAACUGGCACAGGGGCGGCCGAGACAGUGCAGCAGCACGCAGCUGCUUGCUCGUCUUCCUGUCUUCAGGGCCCCACGCAGACUUUGAAUCCAAACACACCUCCAAACCCGACCGAGGUGGUUGCGGAACAGUUGCGAUCAGUGCAUGGUCCGGAACAGAGUCCGCAGCUGCUUGCAGCAGUUGACGCAGCAGCAGCAGUAGCAGAGACAACUUUUCGCGCGCCGCCGCCCGUGCCUUGGCGCAGUGUCUAUGACCGGUGCCACUUCCUGAGUCCAAUGCCGCGGCGAUCCUCCUUUUCCGCCUCCUUGUCGUCGUCGUCUUCGGGCAAUGUGGUUGGCCCCAGUACACCCACGGGAGCAGAUGCCAAUGUCCUCGGCGAUAUUAUGUCCGGAGCAGGUACUUGUUACAUCUGCAGACUCUUUCAGUACAUUUCAAGCACUGCUGCCACGUCUUUGUUUUUCGCUUGCUAAUGAGUAUGAUAAAUCUUCAUUUUGUGGAAACAGUCGCUUUGAUGCCCUCGUAAAUAAUAUUCUGUAUGAGGCUGUCACGUUGGACGCGUAUAUUGUCGUAUUAUCUGUGUCAUCGUGCAAAAUGCCCUACACGAUAUCAGCAUACUAAGAAUUUUUAUAGCUCAACCUCACACGACGACGUAGUCGGCAAGCGCAAACUCAAAAUAAACCGCCUCUGAUCUACAACUACUACAGCACCAGCUCUCUCGCCGCCACCAGAAGACGAAGAGAACGAAGGGAUAAAAUCUGCCUGCGCCGGCAGCAGCGACUCUUCCGUUGCUUACCACGUGGAAGGGACGGACGCUGAGCAGCUUGCGAGCCAGCAACUCCCUUCAGCGCUGUCUCUCAUUGGGGUCACCCCUGACCAACCACCACAAAUUGCUGGCACAACCGGUCUGUUCGCGGCGGUGGUUGAAACAAGUAAAGCGCCACGAGCUGGAGCAGCAGCAGCAGGCUCCGCCGCCUGCGGCUCCUCCGCAAGUCGGGCUGGGCCGAUUGACAAUGCGGUAGUCACACAGAACACCCCGCACUUCGGACCUAUGCUGGACAUGGAGAACGAAAGCCUCGACGAUGAGUCGCUGCAAGAGAGGAUGAUGAACUUGAGUGAGCUGCGCCUGAAUCCGGAUAACCAGGGUCGGUCGCCACCACCUCCGGCAGCGUCAACAUCUUCUAGCGGAGCAGCAGGAGCUCCGGCCGCAACUACAAUAGCAAAUACGGAUGAGAAGCAGAUCCAGCUGCUGACCCAGAUUAAUAUGCCCAAGGAGCCAAGGUUAUCGGAGCAAAAUCUGCUUCCCAACAGCAGUAGUUCCUUCGGCGAAGGCCACGACGAGGUUCACGCGCCGGCGGAGUCUCCUGAAUGCACCAAUGUCAUGCAGCUCGUUCCGAAUACUGGCACCGCUAAGAGAGCGUCGCCCAACAUCGACACGAAGAAAGGUGGGCCACCCGCAGUAGUAUCAGACUUGGCCGGGUCGCCAUUUUCAGUGAUUUCCGCGAACGAUCCGAGAAAACAGGAACUCAAGUUCGAGCAAAUCGGUGGAUCAUCCUCGUCGACCGCGGCUAUCGCCGAUGUUGUGACGCAGGACGAGGACGACGAAGAGAAUAAAAAGAAGUCUUCAGCUGCACGCGGUAUUCCAGAGGAACAAGAACUCCUUCCGGCUACGAAGAGGGCAAAAAUCGCGGACCACGAGGAAAACGCAGCUCCUGGACCCUCUGACGCCACUGCUGAUGCACAUUCAAAUAUGGAAGACUAACGACCUAAACCACUUUGCCGCCUUUUAAAUCCAAGAGGACGUCCCGAACGCUACAUAUUACAAGCAGCUUCCUCGUCGCUAUGAAGAGGAAAGCCGACUUUCGUGAUGCAUCAAGAGAAAACUUAGCAUCUUCUUAGCUUCGCUACUUUUGCACGUUGCAUCCGCGCAACAUGAAUACCAACGCAGGCCACUGAACAGCCGCCCAAUAAGUAAG